AUGGACCACUCACGGGAUCCCUGCCCCUGGGUCGCCUUGAGCGAUUUCGGCGGUGCCUUCUGCAUGGGUGCAAUUGGUGGUGCUGUCUGGCACGGUGUCAAGGGUUAUCGAAACAGUCCCUACGGCGAGCGACGGAUAGGCGCCCUCACUGCUAUCAAGGCUCGCGCUCCGGUGCUCGGUGGAAACUUCGGUGUGUGGGGAGGACUUUUCAGCACUUUUGACUGCGCCAUCAAGGGAAUCCGGAAGAAGGAGGAUCCCUUCAAUUCGAUCAUUGCCGGUUUCUUCACUGGUGGUGCCCUCGCCGUCCGUGGCGGUGUCAAGGCCGCGCGGAACUCUGCGAUCAUGUGCGCCGUCUUCCUUGGUGUCAUUGAGGGUGUCGGUAUCGGUUUCCAGCGUAUGAUGGCUGAUAACACAAAACUUGAGCUUCCUCCGGCCCCGUCAGAGCAGCAGGCCGUGGCUUAA